AUGGAAGUGGCAGCCAAAGGAAACGUAUUGGGGGGUUACGUCCCAGCGCGAUACAUACUCUCCGUGCUCGGCUCCAUCGGCAUGGCCAUCGUCUACGGUUUGAAGGUCAAUCUCUCCGUAGCCAUGGUAGGCAUGCUAAACCAUACGGCUCUAAAUACAGUCACUGAUCAAAAUGCGAGUUUGAAGAAUACUACUGACGACGCGAAAGACGCGAUCGUUGAGUUUGCGAUGCAUACAGCCGAGCAAGAUGGACCCUUCAUUUGGUCUUCGGAGAUACAAGGCAUUGUACUCAGCUGUUACUUCUGGGGAUACUUUGUUUCACAAAUACCUGGUGGUCGUAUCGCUGAAUUAUUCUCAGCAAAAUGGGUGAUGUUCUUUAGCAUUGCAAUCAACGUGGUGUGUACCCUGCUCACCCCUGUAAUGACAGAGAUGCAUUAUAUCGGUCUCGUGUUCAUGCGAGUGUUAGAAGGCAUCGGAGGUGGUGUUACAUUCCCGGCGAUGCAUGUUCUGCUAUCUAAGUGGGCCCCACCAGCAGAGAGAAGUGUUAUGUCGGCGUUGGUGUACGCAGGAACUUCACUUGGUACCGUCAUAUCCAUAUUAAUGGCUGGAAUUCUUACUGCUAAUGCUGGUUGGGAAAGUGUCUUCUACGUAAUGGGAUUUUUAUCAACAAUUUGGUGCCUUCUGUGGGUGGUGUUGAUUCAAGAUUCACCUAAACAGCAACGCUUCAUCAGCAUCGAGGAGAGGAAUAUGAUCAUCGCAUCAUUGGGAGGGAUGAACAAAGAUCGCUUAAGCCGUAAGCUGACUGUUCCCUGGCGCGCUGUGAUAACUUCGAAAGCUUUUUUAGCUAUUCUCGUCGCCCAUGUGUGCUCUAACUGGGGUUGGUACAUGCUUCUCAUCGAGCUACCAUUCUACAUGAAACAAGUUCUCGACUUCAAGAUGACUGAGAACACAUUCGCCACUGCAUUGCCUUUCCUGACUCUGUGGAUCUUCAGCAUCGGUUUAAGUAGAACGUUGGACUGGUUGCGUGGCAAGAAUGCUAUUACUACAACUACUGCUCGGAAGAUCGGCACUUUAUUCGCAUCAGUAGUACCAGCUGCAUGUUUAUUGGCGCUGUGUUUCAUCGGCAACAACCGUGGUGCUGCGGUAGCUAUCAUGACUAUCGGAGUCACAUCUGUCGGUGGAAUGUUCUGCGGGUUCCUUGCUAACCACAUUGAUAUCGCGCCUAAUUUUGCUGGUACACUGGUGGCUGUCACAAACACCGUGGCCACAAUUCCAGGAAUAGUUGUGCCGAUCUUCGUAGGGGCGCUAACCCGUGACAAUAAAACAAUACAUUCGUGGCGCAUAAUAUUCUACGUUACAAUCGGGCUGUACGUGAUCGAGAUUCUUACCUAUUUAGGGCUUGGAUCGGGUGAGGAACAGACCUGGAACAAAGUGACUCAAGAGAAACAUGAUGAUCAAGAAAACCAGCUUAAAGAUGUUAAAAAGUCUCAUGUAUAA